CCCGCGGGGAACUGUGGCGUGCCGGCUCUAUCCGAGUCACACCCAGACUCCAAACGCGACGCUGGUUGAGGUUCUACUCGGCGUCAGUUCGGAAUCGCCACCGUGUUUGCGAGCAGGCUACGAGUCCGCUCCAGCAGGGCGCCGCUCCGGGUUUUGCGCGCCUCUCUCCGCCGCAGUGGGAGGAAGUGGAGCCACAAAGCAGCGACAGCCGCGGAGACGCCGCGCGACAGAAAACACCGAAUAACUGCCUGAGGAGGAGUCAGCAUGUGUCCUGCCGGAGUCCGGAUCCGAACCGAGUGAGCCCGAGGCCAGGACGAGGCGCAGCGAGCAAGGCUUCCCUCCGCGCGGAUAGCCUGGCUGCCGAGGCGCUCGGUGCUGGCGGAGCAACACUCGGACCUGCUGACUGCGACACGAACCGAAUGGUGAAAGGCUCGAGCAGGCAGCGAGCACCCUCCCCCUCCUGCUCGGUCUCCAGGCGAGGAGGGUCCCCCGAAUCCUGCGGGUCACCCCGGAAAGCGAGUAUGGAUUCCGUGGCGCGGUCCUCAUCCCGACUGUGACUCGCGUCCUCGCCGCCGCUAGCUCGUGAAACCGAAGCCCAGCCAGCUAGUUAGCGCGUUGACGGGCGGUACCACUCGGAACCGAGCGGCCAGUCAACCCAAAUCUGGACAGGAAGCCGCAUAGUCGCCGUAUUCGUCAGUUAGCCAGGAGGCUAGUAGGUUCCCCUUCUGGCUAGCUAGCGCGGAAGCUAGGCAGCGCGGCUACAAACAAGUUAGCCGUUCAGCUAAUUAGUCUUCCGAAGCCGUUAAUGAGCCCGGAGGUGGGAUCCGACCUCCAACUCGUCCUCCUGCCCCGCAGCUCGGGCUGCUUUUGAGUGAGUGGUCGGCCAACAUCGAACCACGCAGGAAGCGACCUGACCAGUGUUUGGAUUCUGUGGAACGUCAGUGUUCUGUGCGUCAAAGAGUCGGAAUAUUGGAGCCGCUCGGGAUUGACAGGACACGUCUCCGAGUGUAAGAUAAACAAACGCGGCGUCGCCCUCGCAGGUACAUCUGGGAGUCAUAUUCCUGCUCAGGAGUCACAGCUCGACACAGCGGACUCUUCUCGUCCGUGUUUUUUGGGGGCCAUCUGGAAGCCUCCUGAGACCUGCGGGAGCCUCGGUAAACAACAAUCCAGAUCAUUUCCUCCGGCACUAAAUGGGAUUACACAGACGUCAGGGGCGAUCUUUGCUCUCAGAUUAGCCCCAUGCCAUCCACUUUCGCUCUCCUGUCUUCACCAUGCUAGUCUGAGCGAACACGAACCGAGCAAUCUUGCACCGAUCCAGCCGCCCACCGCGUCCCACCCGGGUCCCUUGAUGAGGCUGCGGCUGCCUUUGUGAUCGUGCUCUCCCUGCCCCUUCAAUCGGAACCGAAAAGCAGUCCUACAGAACCAGGCUUCUCUGAUCGAUCAGCUCCGUCCAGGGUGUGAAGAUGGCGGACCUGGAAGCGGUGCUCGCUGAUGUCAGCUAUCUGAUGGCGAUGGAGAAGAGCAAGUCGACUCCUGCAGCCAGAGCCAGCAAGAAGAUCAUCUUGCCGGAGCCCAGCAUUCGCAGCGUGAUGCAGAAGUACCUGGAGGAGCGUGAUGAGUUGACGUUCGACAAGAUCUUCAACCAGAAGAUCGGUUUCCUGCUCUUCAAGGACUUCUGCCUGAAUGAGAUUGACGAGGCCGUCCCUCAGCUCAAGUUCUACGAAGAAAUCAAAGAUUAUGAGAAACUGGACUCUGAAGACGAGCGGCUGAGUCGCAGUCGACAGAUCUAUGACGGCUACAUCAUGAAGGAGCUGCUCUCCUGCUCACAUCCAUUUUCCAAGAAAGCUGUCGACCAUGUGCAAAGUCAACUGGCCAAGAAGCAGGUGCCCCCGACCCUCUUCCAGCCGUACAUAGUGGAGAUCUGUGACAGCUUGAGAGGAAAGAUCUUCCUCAAGUUCAUCGAGAGUGACAAGUUCACUCGCUUCUGCCAGUGGAAAAACGUGGAGCUCAACAUCCACCUUACCAUGAACGACUUCAGCGUGCACCGGAUCAUCGGCCGGGGCGGGUUCGGGGAAGUCUACGGCUGUAGGAAGGCUGACACCGGGAAGAUGUACGCCAUGAAGUGUCUGGACAAGAAGCGGAUCAAGAUGAAGCAAGGCGAGACACUGGCACUCAAUGAGAGAAUCAUGCUGUCGUUAGUCAGCACCGGGGACUGUCCGUUCAUCGUGUGCAUGACAUACGCCUUCCACACACCUGACAAGCUAUGCUUCAUCCUCGACCUCAUGAAUGGGGGCGACCUGCACUACCACCUCUCCCAGCAUGGCGUCUUCAGUGAGAAGGAGAUGCGUUUCUAUGCGGCAGAGAUCAUCCUGGGACUGGAACACAUGCACAAUCGCUUCGUGGUCUACAGAGACCUGAAGCCCGCCAACAUCCUACUGGAUGAGCACGGACACGUUCGCAUCUCGGACCUCGGACUGGCCUGCGACUUCUCCAAGAAGAAACCUCACGCCAGCGUUGGGACGCAUGGCUACAUGGCGCCAGAGGUCCUGCAGAAGGGGACUGCCUACGACAGCAGCGCAGACUGGUUCUCCCUGGGCUGCAUGCUCUUCAAGCUGCUGCGAGGGCACAGUCCGUUCAGACAACACAAGACCAAAGACAAACACGAGAUCGACAGGAUGACACUGACCAUGAACGUGGAGUUGCCGGACUCGUUCACCGCUGAGCUGAAAGACCUGCUGGAGGGCUUGUUGCAGAGAGACGUGUCCAAGCGACUCGGCUGUCAGGGGAGAGGCGCUCCGGAAGUGAAGGAGCAUCAGUUCUUCAAAGGAAUCGACUGGCAACAGGUCUACCUGCAGAAGUACUCGCCUCCUUUGAUUCCACCGCGGGGAGAGGUGAACGCCGCUGACGCUUUCGACAUUGGCUCCUUUGAUGAAGAGGAUACCAAGGGCAUCAAGCUACUGGACAGUGACCAGGAGCUGUACAAAAACUUUCCGCUUGUCAUAUCGGAACGCUGGCAGCAGGAAGUGGCAGAGACUGUCUACGAGGCCGUCAACUCGGACACGGAUAAGAACGAGGCUCGGAAGAGGGCCAAGAACAAACAGCUGGGCCAUGAAGAAGACUACGCUCUGGGGAAGGACUGCAUCAUGCACGGUUACAUGCUGAAGCUGGGGAACCCCUUCCUGACGCAGUGGCAGCGCCGGUACUUCUACCUGUUCCCUAACCGUGUAGAGUGGCGAGGAGAGGGCGAGUCCCGGGACUCGUGGCUGACACAGCUCAAGAGGCUGAAGGAUGGGCAAAACCUGCUGACCAUGGAGCAGAUCGUGUCAGUGGAGGAGACGCAAAUCAAGGACAAGAAGUGCAUCCUGCUGCGCAUCAAAGGAGGGAAGCAAUUUGUGCUGCAGUGUGAGAGUGACCCGGAGUUUGUCCAGUGGAAGAAGGAGCUGACAGAGGCCUUCACAGAGGCCCAGAAGUUGCUGCGCCGCGCGCCAAAGGUUAUCGGCAAAAGUCGCACUGGCGUGGUGGAGCUGUCCAAACCUCCGCUUACACACCGCAACAGCAACGGCCUGUGAAGACACACCCCUGAUCACACACCCACACAUCAGGACGUUUCACCUCCCUCGAUACCUCGCAGUUAGACCACCAGCACACACACACAUGCACACGCAGACACAAACUCUCACAUCUGCAGAUGCACGAACACACAGACAUACACACACUCAGAGUUAUUGUUUUGCAGGACGUUGCCAGUCGGACGAGCAGCAUGUGAAGAUCCUGCAUGAAUGUGAGGACUGACCUCGCUCGCUCCUCUCUCUCCCUCUCUCACACACACGCACACACCUCUACAAACUUCAGGUGCCCCCCUCUCCUCAACAACCGCCCCACCGCACCCCCACACCCAACCGCACACACACACCCACCCACACACACAUGCGUGUUGACGUUCCUUCGACAGGAGGAGCAACACGACUGGCUGCUCGACUGAUUCCGAAGUGCAUAAAGUGCCAAGGCCGAUAUUCCCUCGAGUCGCACGGCGGGACACGGAGGGGAGGGGCCAGAGUGGCGGGAUACACGGGGGCUGGGUGGGGGUGGGGGGUGCAGAGCAUCGGCGGACAACGACCAUUCCACUGCAGGAGAUGACGAGGACCACAGACUCUUUUGAGAUUGGCUCCUGUGCAGCCAGUUACCACAGAGACUGAGAUUCUAUUGGCUGACAGACAGCAGCCUGUUGCCGUGGCGACCUUGAGGCGUGGUAACCGCGGCGACCGUUGUGAAUGAAGGCCACAGAGAUGGGUGGGGGGGACGAAGUGUAUAUAAAGCCCUUUUCUCUGUGUGCUUCAGUGUUGUGUUCAUCAGAGACUGUCAGUGUCCACAGGGGGUGGUAGUGAACGAGUGGGCGGGGCUUGGGGAGGCAGGACUCACCUGCGUGUGUCGUGACAAAGCUUAAUUUUUUUUUUUUUUUAAUCUGUUGUUGCUGAAUGGAAAACUCCGCCCGGAACCCAAACUUUUCUUUACGACACAAAGUUUCUAUACAAGUUGGUUUACACACAACAAAACCAUUCCACAAGUUUACAAACAACUUGCGACAUGUCCUUCUUUAGUGCCCACGCUAGCUAGCUGCGAUCGCAAGAACUGCUCAAGUACAAACCAGUGUUUCACUCCGUUCAUUAAUUCAACCGCAGCUCCCUAUGGAGGCCCUACAACCCAUUCUAACCCUGUUGAUGCUAACCUCAACGUAGCCGUCACGUCUUAGAGAAACAUUGCUAAGUGCUACUUUUUUCUCGCUAGCUGCGGUGCGGCCCCAGACGCCCGCGUGUCAGUGUUUACUUCUUCCAAGUGUUCCACUGCAGUCCAAAUAUCUGGCAAGACUCCGAAGAUGAACACACAGCUGUGACAUCGGACUUGACACGUGAUGAAUGCCUCCAUCCAGCUACACGUUCAUAAUGUCUGCAAAUGUUGUGACUCUAAAAGUCAAGUUUGCUAGCGGCUUGUUUUGGUGCGCCGCUGGCUCCGGGUGGACUUUUUCCUUUUUUUUUUUUUUUUCUCGUAUGGUGACGCAGUCGCGAGUCGUUAAUUUUCAGGGUUUGUUCUUAACUGAGUCGCAGUUCUGCGUCCUCGUCUGCGAUCAUUUCCAGAGCUGGGACUCCUCCAGGCUUCGUUCGGGUGCAUCGUGAUUUUUAGUUUUCAUAUUUUCUUGGGUAGCCUUUCCGGGGUCGGGGGGAGAGUUAUCGUCUUAUAGAGAGAAGCCGUCUUUUAUUUUUGUAAACCAAAAUGGUUUUUAUGGUUUUAUGUUGUUGCACCUUUUUAGCCAGACGUGUUACUUAAUAGUGGUUCAUGUGCCAAAUGAGCGUGGCGGUCCGAGCACACGGCCAUGCCCCUGUCUUCACCCUGGACCCCUCCGGCUCGGGCGCCGCCCUAGACGGGCGCAAAACUGUGACCAAAAGUUGUUAGGGGUGUUGGGGAGAGCGUCGGCGCUCGUUUCCUUCCACGCUGUUUCGCCGCUUUCACACGCGCGGCCGGCGAGCAGAGGUAUAAAUAUAAAUAUUUGUGUAUAUGAUGUGCGAAGGUUUUUAUUUAAUGUGAGCGAAAACGUCUCGGGGGUUUCCGUGUGACUUUAAUCGUUUGUGGUGACGACUCCGGCUCCGAUCUUGCACAUAAAGACUUCGGUUCCUGCGAAUUCCAGAUGAUUAUUUUUCUUUCGGCGCCUGACUCUUUCUAUUUAUUGCCUAUGGGGGCCGCUCCACCAUCGCGAUCUCCAAGUCCGGCCGCAGCUUCGGGUUCUUGUUCCGGUCCAGUUCUGAUGGAGACGAUGGGGCGGUGAGGAAGAAAUGAAUUUAGUUCCAAUGCUUUAGUUUCCGGAUGGAAGUCGAGUGUCGGAUGUAAAAACACUUCCUGAAUAAAAUCCUUUUCCGUG